UCACAAAAAUCAUCGUCUUUAGUUUUCAAAACCGGUCUCAAUUUUAAUAAAUAACGUCAUGUCCAACUGAGCUAAAAUUCAUUUUUGCACAGAGUUAAACGCAACUAACAAUGCCAUGGUAAAAACAAACGCUGAUAAAACUGCCUUAAACACGGAGCCAACCAAAGGUCGGGAGGAUGAACGCAUCACCUCAAGCAGCGGCCCGACUUCUCGUGCCGUGGCUGCUCCUCACCAGCGUGUCAGGAACGAGCUCCGGUCAGUGGCCGCAGGUGAAGGCCUGGGCUCACAGCCAGGUGGUAGCGGCCGUCCUCGGCCGCAUGUCCCACCUCCAGGACGUCGUUGUCGUCCACAGUCGCGGGACGGUGCCGGAGGCUCUAUGGUCGGAGCUGAACAAGGGGGCGAGAUCCGUGGAGACGCUGGAAGCGGCGGGAUCGAUUGAUGGAGCACGGGUGCGUCAUCACAGCGUGCUCAAGGUGUGCAUCUUCUGGCUGGCGGACGCCGAGUGGCAGCUGCUGAGGCCGGAGGACCCGGAAGCGUUUCUCGACAAAUGGGGCAGUCGUUGUGGCCGGCUGGUGGUGGUGGAGACGAUGCGGCAGGUUGACGAGUCGGCCGGCGUCAGGCUGGUCAACUAUGACCACGCGCAAACCAUCUCCGUCGUGAUGUUCCAGCCCGACGGCGACCACGUCAUGGUCUUCGGCUUUCACAUCGACUGCGUCCGCCAGCGCAUGGCUCCGACCCUGCUGUACGACUCGCGGCGACGGCGGAACAGCGAUGACCUGCACCGGCCGAACCGCGUGGUCCUCCGCGGCCAGCAUCUCCUCGUCACAUCCACCGCGCUUGCCGACACCCACCUCGCCUACCUCGCCGACCCGCGAAACCAGUCGAGCAUCGUCGGCGUCGAGCCCACGAUGCUGGCGGCAGUCGCCGGCCACUACGGCUUCAGCUACUCCAUGGUGCAUCCGCAAACGACGGACGGCCUCUUCGGCGUGCGCCUGGACAACGGCUCGUGGACGGGCGUGAUCGGGAUGAUUGUGCGGGGCGAGGCGGACCUGGCCGUCGGCGACAUCUCGGUGACGCUGGAGCGCAGCGAGGUGGUCGACUUCACGUACCCGUUCCUGGUGGAGCCAGUGUCGUUCUUCAUGCUUCGACCUGCCCCGCUGCCGCGCUGGCUGGUGAUCGCUGUGCCGUUCGAUAGCGCCACCUGGCUGCUGCUGCUGUUGGUGCUGGUGACGGCACUGGUCGCGCUGCCACUGCUACCCGGCAUGCUGGCCGGCCGGUCGUGGCGGCUUCGCCUGCGGGAGGCAUCCGCCUUCCUGUGGGGGGCGAUGGUGAACCAGGCGGUGAGCCUGCGGCCGCGCGCCGCCGCCUGUCGCCUGGUCGUCGUCUCCUGGUGGGCGUUCUGCCUGACAAUGACCAUCUGCUACCAGACGCUGCUGACGUCGCAGCUGUCGGUGUCGCUGUUCCCGCCGCCGCUGGACAGCCUCACGCAGCUGGCUCUCUCGGAGCACCGCGUCCUCAGCAUACAGCACGUCGCCGUCACCGAGUAUCUGGAGAGCUUCAGCGGCAGCGCAUCGGUGCUUGGCCGGAUCCCGCCGAAGCUCUCCUACUUCCCGCUGGAAGAGAGCCUGACCGAGCUCCGUCUCGAGCCCAACACCGCCUACCUCGAAGAGCUGGCCAUGCUCCGCCAGGCGGUGGCGGCGCGGCCCGACCGCCACCGCUACUACAUCUCGCGCGCGCGUUUCUUCGCCACGGGUCUCGCGUGGCCAGUCCGACGAGGCGCCUGCUUCAGGGGAGCUCUGGAUGAGGCCGUGCGCCGCCUCCUGCAGGCCGGCCUCGUGGAGUUCUGGAUGCGGGACGCCGGUGCCGACGAAGCGACCGUCGCAGUCGCUAAGAAGAGCCUCCGCUUGAAGGACCUGACAGGGGCCUUCCUGCUGCUGGUGACGGGAAUAGCGCUGGCCACCGCCUGCUUGACCCUAGAGAUGGUCUGGGUGGGGCAGCGACGCAAAAAGCGCGGCAAUGUUUGGGCCAGGGUGGUGAGUUCAAGCAGAAGGGACGCCGAGGAGGAAAGAGCCUGCUCGUGA